CAAUCCUCGUCGCUUCGAACCGCGCGGAUAGUGUCGCCGGCGAGAUGUAACGCGACUGACCUAAUCACAGGACAAACACUUUGAAACGUGGUGCGAUACCAAGGUUACGCGCGAUCGCGAUCGCGAUCGCGGACUGUCGUGGUGGAUCAUUGGAUACUCCCUUGCUCGCGUAACUUGUGCUGUGUGUCACGGAUCUAUUCCUCCAUCGGUUCUGGUUUUUUGUUUGUUUGUUGGUGACCAUCGAUCCCCGCGGUGAAAGGACCUACCUCGAAGGCCGUGGUGUUUCCUUUUCGGCGUCGGCUUCCGGCCGCGGUGCAACGACACCGUGCUCGCGAGGCUUCCACGAACGAGAAGUAGAGGAUAGAAUGAUUCGUCCUUGGGCACUUGAGCUGCGUGGCACAAUCGUUAAAUGCAACACGGGGCGAACACCACGAAACAGAAAAGAUCAAUGAGCGCCAUCCACCCCCAAACACGACCUCGAAGUAGAGAUAUUUGUAUCUGGUCUGUGGAUUAACUACUCGGCAAAAACAGUUUGCCAUUCCAAGUGUACGAUGCGGUGAUUCCAGGGCGGAGAGUCCAUCACGUGAAGACUAGAGCGCAGUCAUACUAGCGAUUCGAAGAUGAAGUGGCCGUUGGCGCUGACUUGCUUCCUGCUGCCGCUUUCGUGCAUCCUGGAUGCAUCGCAUGCCGGGUGCGAGUUUCCGGCGCAGUGGAAAGGCCGUUGGUUCGAGUCGGGGAACGUGGAGCUGGUGACGGUGAACGGAUCCAUCAUGACCAGCAAGGGCGUCUGCAUCGACAAAGAAGACGACAAGUUCCUCAUUCAUGACACCGCGGAGAAGUGUCACCGCUGCAUAGUAAUGCACAUGAAACACUCCAAUGUUCUCCAGUAUAAAGAAGCCUAUUGCAUGAUCAACUUACCGAAGCCCAGCCUAUCGGCGACGUGCAGCGCGUUGAGGAGCGACGCAAGUCUCAUUUCCUUGUUUCGCACGGGAGCUGCUCCCAUGCCGUGUCCCUUCAAAGGACCCCUAGAGUUCACUUACACCUUCGGGGAUGCGGAGUGCAGUUCACCUGUGUCCACCGCGGAGACCUGCACCCAAGAGUCUCGGUUGCUUCUGCGGUAUCAAGCAUGCGCCAAUGUUAUGUCCUCUGAAAGUAUGGACAUGGAGUUGGAGUGUUUCGCCACGUGGAAAGAGGGCAGCACGCACAACUUGGUGGCACGGUUGCACGCAGCACGAAAAACUAACGACGAAGACAGCUACAGAUGUUUCAUUUAUCAGCAGACAUCGAACAACUCGUGGAAUCUGGCGCAAAGUGGCGACGCCGCUUGUACGGGCUUCAGCGUCAACGAUGCUGCCAGAACGUACAAAAUGAAGCAGAAGAGUCAAACGGAAUACUGCAAGUAUCCAUCCUGGGUGGUAGACAAUAAACUAUGGCUGGCCUUGGAUCGAAUAGCAUCUCGACUUUUGACAUCGCCCCACAACUUGACGAUAAUCGAUCGAAAAGAGACUCGUCUCGUUUGUCACUCGAUAGUCUCCAUCAACGAUCGUCGUUCGCAUCACGACAUGAAUCCUGACAGGGAGAACCAGGUGAUGUACAUCGCGAAGGCCACUCUCGAUUGUAAUAACGGAUACGUGUGCCUGAUGUUCCAUCGGAGGGACGACCACAUAAUAGAGAUGCAACUGUCGGAGUGGAGCCAACAGCCCGACGACGUAUGCAACUCGAGUACGUUCAACUCCCACUCAACGCCGUACACAACGUUCAUUACAUCGGAUCCGAUGAACAGGCAUUGCCCCAAUUUGGGCCGCUACGAAAUCGUGUCGGUGAUACAUUCGCACACGAACGAGAACGCUGAUGACAUAUUGGGCGUCGAUGGCGAGCCGAACAUGGCCAACGUCGCCGAGGUGCAGGACGUCAGGGUCACGUCGACACCUUUUCCAGGACGAUGUCGUUACGGAAGUGUUCGUCGACUGGAUAUCGGUUGCAAGAGACCCGAUCGCAUGGAGUUUGCCACAUCCUGCAGCGACGAGGCGCCGUCUGAGUACUUUUGCCACGGAACCUGGAUCGAAAACGACACAGCUUACUUGGUCGCGAGCACCGAUGUGGGUCGUUACUGUCUCGUUUACAGUGCGUCCGCCGCGGCGACAGGAAGUCGUGAACUCUCGGUGACGGGUCAUCUUGCUUCCUGUCCGAGAGCCUCUCAUCGUCAUCUAGUAUCGUGGCAAGUCAACCUCACAUCGUACGCGCAAUGCGGCGACAUUUCGACGGCCACGUCGUGGACCUACCGCAUCUCAGCCUCUGUGUACAUCUUCGUUGUCCUGGGCAUCAUGUUCGGCAGGUACAUCGCGAGGUGAUGCCACUGAGUGGAGAGACCAAGCCACGCGUGGACGGCCGUGUAGUCAGCAAGCAACAACAACAACAGCAACUACGAAAUCUAUACAUACAUAUAUACAUGCCAAUAAAUAGAUAUAUACAUGUGUAUAUAUUUACAGAUUUUUGUAAAUAUAUAUAUGCAUGUAUUAAACGGAACACUUUAACGGAUGGUCCCGACAUUGGGGGAGAAAGUAAUUUAAUAACCAAGCUUAGUGGAUAUGUGACCGUAGGUGCGAGUCGUGCAGAGAAGUGAACAAACAGAGGGGACAGUAUGCGCAUGUCGCCGUGAAACUGGGAGAUAUCCGUUGCGCCAGCGAACGUGGCGGAUUCCCUAUCGAACAGCUGUACAUAAAGUAGCGAUACGUUCACGAGACACGCUUCCCUCCAUGCGAAAGGAACUUUGCUUCGCGUUCGUGCUCUAUCUUCGAUAGAAACGCUCGUCCUGGAAAUAUUGCCGGCCUCUUUUCCAGGAUUAUUCCUCUGCCCCUCCCUACCUGGGACCUGCAUCCUUCACGAUCUCGAGACGGUCUUAAAGUGCGAGUUCGCGUGGUGUUAAAGGAAAGAUGUUUCAGAGUCUCGACGGUGCGAUUUUUCUAUGAUUUUUAAUUUAGCUAUUUUUCACAUUAACGGUCCUCCCACUUUUCCAAUAGUUCGAAGCAACUUCGCGCGUGUCACAGUGGAGCUUAGAGUUCGGUCUGCGAUUAUAGUUGGAAUUGGUUUGUCUGGAUGUAGAAUACGGAUCUUUCUACAAACGUAUUCUUCUGUGAAUGGUGGCACGCACAGAUCUGUUCUAAUUUAAUUGUGGUUUCGAGGGGUAUAGAUAUCGAAACGCUAACGGAAGUUCAAACUUACCUCGGAAACAUUCGGUCAGUUUAAUUUCACGAAAAAGUUGCAAUUGUACAUUACGACACGAAUUACGUCCACGAAUAAAAUGAUACGUGGAUGCACAACAUAUUGCUGUACAUAUAUUUGUUAUCGAAGUCAGGUCCAAUUACACCAACGCAUGAUAAUUCGUCUGAUCAAUUUCUGUUAUCAAUUUCAAUGGCCACGUCUCACGAGCAAUUAUUAACCGACUUCGAAAAAGAGGAGGUUACUCAAUUCGACAUGUAUUUUCUUUUUUUUUUUUAAUGUCUGGUCACCGAUUACGUCCAGAUGGAUUGACCAAUCGGAAUGAAUCCUGUUGCAUCUUGUAGAGCAUGCCCCCCCCCCGGUGGUCGUCCCAUUAUCACCACUCUUUGCGAUUUGUCAUUUUUUACCCGUUCCUUUUGCCAAAAAACCUAGUUAAUGUAUAUGAAUCUGUAUAUGAAUCUGCACUAUCGACCAAGCACUCAACAUUACCGACAGAGCACUCUGCAUUACCGACCGAGCACUCUACAUUACCGACAGAGCACUCUGCAU